GGUGGGAAAUAGUGGGCUAGGCAGCUACUCUCGUCAAGCCUAUAAACCCCAACGCGGGGACGCCCGUCCUUUUCGUGGGAUUUUUCCCUCCUCCAACCUCCGUCCCCUUCUUCCUCUCCUCCCAACCUGCUUGGGACUUGCAACCCCCGUCUGUCGCUUAUCGAAGACGGCGCAUGAACGACCUUUUCACAUCGUUUAAAUAGUUUCCCCUAGGCCUCGGGAAGAGGCCCCUUUAACAUAUCAUCAUGGCAGCCGCAGCCUCAUCCGCAGCGUCAACGGUCAGACAGGUCGCCUACGGCUUCUACCGGCCGUGUCGGCAACCUAUAUCCUCUCCAAACUAGCCCCUUCGACUGGGGGAGUUCCGCCAUAGGACCGGCGGGCCUCCCCUUGUCCGUUGCGGGAAGUUUCUUGUCACAGCUUCCCACCGCAGCAACGAUACCGACAACCACAUUUGGAGAUUGGCCACUAGGACUAGACAUCGCAGGCAGCAGCCCAGGAGGGGUAGAAUGGCCCCUACCCGCUUUCGCCGGGUUGGGCGACCCUCUUUUGUUUGGAAGCAACAUGCAAGGCGGGCAAUUAGUCAACGCCCCGGAUAUGCUCUCUGGUUGUGAACUCGAAGAUAUACUCUUAUUCAACCAGCCGUCGGAUCCUCCCUUUUCACCCCAGUUGGACAACACUAGCCCUCUCGAUCAGCAGCAACAGUCCCAACCCCAGCCCCCGUCUCAGCCCAGUCAAACCUUCCCGUCGCCCCUAGGAGCCGAGUCCUCGUCGAGCCAGGACCCGACCCCCAAGAGCCGCAGCCGCUCGUCGCCGUCGGUGGACCCGGUGACGGCGCUCAAGCGUCAGCGCAACAACGUGGCGGCGCGCAAAUACCGGCAGAAGCGGAUCGACCGGAUCAACGAGCUCGAGGCCGAGCUCCGCGACGUCAAGGAAGAGCGGGACGAUCUGCGGCUCCGCCUCGCGCGCCAGGAGGCCGAGGCGGCAGCGCUUCGAAGUAUGCUACAGCUAAACUCUGGCAAAGGUGGGAAGAGUUAGCGGAUCUGGACAGCAGACGCACGUAUCUCGAGGAUAUUCGGUUUCUAUUUAGUCCACGUAAAAGCGAAUUGAAACAGAACGGAUCUCU